GCUGCGUGGUAGUUGUUCUUGCAGGCUCGCUGAUGAUCCCGGAAAGUACCUACUCUACAUAAUACGGAAACACUCGGGUUUAGUGCCGUGUUCAAGCAAGGGACUACGUUCUACGUUCAGAAGUCGCAUUCUAAAAGUACUACACCAAUGGACGACGACGGAGAUUACCAUGAUGGUGAAAUAGUGUGGGUCAAGCUGAGCUACUGCUGGUGGCCCGGAGAAGUUUUCGCCGGAGAACGUUUAACAGAAGAAUUUUUGUCAACACUAAAACGAAAACCGCUGGUCGUAGUAAAGUUUUUCGAAGAAGACACAUAUGAGUUUGUGAAAAAUACCAAUUUCAUCUACAAAUAUAACUGCUCCCGGAAGCAUGAGUUCUUGCGCAAAGGAUUGGAGCAAUACCGAACAAAAAAUAAACACAUGGAAAAAUUCCCGGCCGAUGUGAUGCAUGCUGAACGAGCGACUGGGGGUGAUCCGAACAUUGUGAACUCAACUGACUAUCUGCCACAUAAACGGGAAAGCUAUGCCGCACUUUUCCAACAGGACAAAGCCAAGGGAAAGGGCAAAAAUGCUCCGACAGCCAACACAACACGCUCCGGUCAACAAAUUAUUUCACCAGUUAUUCCAGUGCGCAAACAUGAGGUUCGAAUCUUGGCGCAAGCAUCUUCAUCUUCCGGCAUCAGUGUUAGCCGAAAUGCAGCAUCGAGGCACUCGGCAAGCCUGCCCUCGUCGUUGGCAACUACACCGAGGCUGGCAAAUGCCUCGGCCGAUUUGGGAACUGAAACCGUUGCCACUACUCACGAUUCACCAUCAUCGCAAACCUACAGUUGCCAUAAAUGUGGCAUGGAGAGCGGGCGGCAGAAUGUGAUUCUCGUGCACGUUAAAUACUGCCGAGCGGUCCCGAUGAUUUCACCGGUCGUGCCAUCGGUCAAAGUCCUUCAUAAACCGGUUUCGUCACCUCAGGAGAGAAAAUCUGCCGACCCAAGUCCGGUUAAGUCAACGACGCCGAUGGAUUCAAUACCGAGCCGCAAAAUUAAAUCACCCGUAGAGGAAGCAAAGGAAGACAAACCUUCAGAGCAGGAGGAGUUUGUUGAAGUAAUUCAGGUUGUAGAACCUGUACGUGGUCGAGCUAGCCGUACUCCGAGGGGAGCUGCCCCGUUGUCAGCGACUCCGAAAUCAGGUGACCGCCGUAAAACUCGAAGCAAGGGACGGAACUUCACCUCCGCCACUGCUGAUUCGCACACUUCAGAUGUCGACAAAGAAGUUGCAACGGAAGUUGACGAAACCACACAGUCUGAACGGCAUUCCGAGGAACAAGUUAAAGAGUCAUUGAACUCUUCCAGUGACAAAUCGGAGAAAGUUAAACCGGAUGUUGAAUUGAAAAAUGAACUUCUUGCAGACUGGAGUGAGGAUGAACAGGACGAACCCAAUGGUGACCUGGUCAAGGAUAACAAAAGCUCUAAAAAUGUCACACCCGAAGUCAGCGCCAGUCGAGCAACUAAUGAAGAAAAGGUUAUUUCGUUGAUAAAUUUGAUGGACCCUUGCUCGGAUAAAUCGGCGGAGACUUCGCCACAAGUUUUUUCACCUGUUUCAUCGGCAACCACAAUCAAGUAUAGAAAUAUACCGAAGAAACAAAAAAGGGAGUUUAUUGAGGUAACGAAUGAUCAGCUAUCAACAGCACCUGCCAGCAGUCAGAUUGAAAAGUCUUCUAGCGAGAGUAGUAUCAGCACAGCAGCAACUUGUGGUGAAACUCUUAGUGCUCCUGACAAAACCCCAACUUCCAGCGAAAGUGUGCUAUUGGAAAAACCAAUCAGUGCUAAGCAGCGAAUUUUAGACAGAGCAACCCGAGGAUCUAGUAAGUCCGUAAGCAGUGACGAGUUAAAGCCAGAUUCACCGCAGAAAGCUGCGAACGCCGAAUCUCAAUUGGCAGCUGAAGGUGAAUCGAGAAAAGAAACUUCCUGUUUUGAUUUCAAGGAGGAAGAAGAUGAGGAAGUAAUUCUUAAUAAAUCCCCCAGAAGGUCACUAUCCAACAAGCGUGAUGCAUCCUUAGAGUUAAAUGUUGGUGCCUUGGAUGAUGAGGAUGAUAAAGAGCGUGCAAAGAAAGAUGCUGACUUGAAAAGUGAGAUCGAUUCGCUCUUGUGCGAUACCGCUGUACCGACCAUACCUGAAUUGCCGAAAACUGCCAGAGUGCCCUCACCGGGACCAUCUGCUGCUUCGCUGCCAGAAUCGGUGUUACCAACAAAAGAAGAUCGUACCCUUCCUCCGAAAGAGCGCGGUAAGCGUAUAUUCAAAACACGUAACAAAAUAAUUGAAAAUGAAGCCAUCGCUCUGGAACAAUCUAAAGCCAUUCUACUGGAUUUCGUGAAACGAUCGCAUGAACAGGAACUUGCCGAGUUACAUAAGCAGCAGGAAGCUGAGGCAAAAUUGAGUUCAGAAUCACCAACCACAACCAACGACGAUUCGCAAGAAUCCGUCGCCUAUAAUGAUCCCAAGAGAUUUGAAAAUUCGGAGUUCGCUGCUAUAAAAGCCAAACGAACAAAACUUCAGCAAGUGGAAAAAUUCAAAGCUGUUGCUUUGGGCGAUAAAGAUACCUCUCAAGAGUCGGCGGUCAGUUCCAGCAUCGAAACAAAGACUUCGGAUGCUGAUACAUUACCCAUUUCGAUCAAUAAAGAUCAGCUUGCCCUCGAUUCUAUUCCGACUUCGGCUACUAAAGGUCGCAAAGGAAAGCUCCGUAAAUCGGCAAUCAAUGCAGAACUGGAGAAAGAUGAAGUGUCCGCGGUUUCUGAUACUAAGGUAAUCAGUCCCGUUGUAGAAACUACUCCUAAAAUUCGAAAGAAAAGAGGUGGAGAACUGCAAAACCUUUAUAUGGCUUCAUUUGAAACUCCUCGUUCUCGAAGAAGUAAGACAACAAAACCUGCUGAUGAUCCCGUGCCAGCGAAAGUGGAUUCAAAACAAGAGCCGAUUGUUUCUAUCGUUGCCAAAACGGAACCGCACAAACCAUCCGAAUCCGAGACAGAGAGUAGUAAGACCGAACCCCUUUCAGCAGAUCCUUCACCGCCUAUUGAAGAGCCAUAUCAGGCUCCUAAAACGGCGCGCUCUAAGCGAUCAAAACAAAUGCAACAGCAGUCCGCAGACUCAACGGCAGAUAGCCGCAAUGAGCAAGAUAUGGUUGAUACUGAUAGCGUUUCGAAGGAACAACCAACAACAGAGUUUGCCUCAGUCGUGAAACAACAACCUAUCAAAAUGAUCAUCAAAUCCAAGGGCAAGAAAUCCAACUCAGAACUUGUGUACGGACCAGUGGUUGUUACACCCGAACCGGUCGUUGAAGAGAUUAAGGAAAAGCUUCCGAGAUCACCGAAAAGUUCCAAGAGGAAAAAGUCCUUAGUCGAAGAAGCUACACCCACAGUCAUCCCACAGUCUGACUUGAGUUGUUCCGAAGUACAGGAUACAACAGUAGUAAAGUCAUUGAAAUCUAAGCGUCCAAAACUAAGAAGUGAGCCAGUCAUAGCGUCAGACGAGACGCCAUACGAUAAAGAAUCGGUUGAGCCUAGUGCAACGGAUCUUCAAAUUGCUGAAGCAUUGAUACAUCUUCCCGAAUCUGCUCCACCGAAAGUUGACUUUGUGGAGCAAGAAGCUGUGCAAUCAAAAUUGAAUAGCAUUUCACCGGUACCAGUUUCUUCAAAGAGUAUAAAUCCACGUAAACGACAUCUACAAACUCACCUUCUGAGCACCGUCGAAACGACUAACCAGACUAGUGUCGUAGAAAGUGUAAUCAUUCCAGACAAAAAGAAGCGAGACGCGAUCGAAGUGGUUAGUGUGGCAGCAACACCUGUUGUGAAUAUUGACAAGUCCGUUGUAUCCAAACCAAUUACGUCGCUUGAUGAGGAUAAGUUUGACAUCGUUAACAUUCCUAUCGUUAUGGAUGAUAGUGAAUUGUUGGAGGAUUCAACUAUCUCAACUACGACGAACAAGGUACAAUUGUUGGGAAGUGCUCCAAGUACGAUUACCGUGGAUGAUGAAGACAACGAGAAUAUCAAAUUGAUUUCCACUUCAAAAUCCGCUCCGAAAAAGAUUGUUAUCGUCAAAAACAGCAACGGUUCGGCGAAAAUUAUUUCGGCCAAGGAAAAAACCCGUGAGGUUGCUUCACCGGUUUCUCACAAAACUAUGGGCAUUAAAACAACGACCAUCACGGUGAAGCCACCAACAGAUCAGCUGUCACCGCAAGCCCUACGAUCGUCUGCUCAAUCCCCUCCGAUUCGAUCGGCUCAACUAAUUCAAGCCAGCGGCGGAGGUCAGAUUGUCAUCACCAGUAAAGGUACCGUACUGACGACGCAAUCGCCAGCCACUUCAUCUGCCAAAGGCAACAUGACCAUUACACCCAAAACUCAACUGACCCAUGUAAGCUCCAAAACUACCGCCUCAGUUUCUUCAGUCUGCAGCGUCAGUACUAUCAGCAGCUCCACGUCCAGCAAGUCUCUUCUGGCAACCGGUGCGAGCAGUGUAAAGUCUCCUGUUAAGAUUUGCGUUAAAUCACAAGAGAUCAUUCAUAUUCCGGCAAAAUCCCGAUCCAUACAGAAAUCAAACGAAGCAUCCCAUAUUGUAAAACAGAUGGAGAUGUCGCAAACUAAAAAAGCCACAACCAGCCCACCAAAGAAAAUUCUUGCUAAAAAGCUCUCGGAUGGAAGUGGCAGUAGUGAAAAACCGCUAUUUUCCACAUCUAAGGGUGCACCUAUAACCACCACAAAAGCGACGACGUCUGCCGUAAAUCCUGGCAAAAAGGGCCACCGAGUGAUUAAAAUAUCUCCCCAAAAGCUCAAAGAAUUCACGCGUCUUGGAAUGGUUGAAGAUAAAGGUCAAGGUAAAGUACUAACGGCUAGUGGAAUGAAAAAGUUUCGCCAGGAGCAACAGCUUCUGCAGCAGCAACAACAACAACAACAACAGCAGCAGCAGCAACAUUUGUCCGGUCCCGGUAAAUCGGAUAAAGCAGCCCGAGCUGCAUCGGUCGAUGAAGAACCGUCAACUUCCACUCCUACACCCCCGCCGUUGGGUUGUGCUACAGCUGAAGUAGUUGUUGCAGCAGCAGCAGAUUCUUCGGUGAAAGAAAUUCCGACAAGUGCACCGGAAGUGGAAGAAUCGCCCGAUAUAAUUCCGGUUGCUUCAUCGACAUGUUCUGCAAAACCAGCAUCUCCCACCGCAACCAUGUCUGCAGAAUCUAUCACUGAGUCGACAUCGACCGAAGAGAAUGAAGCUGAUGCGGCUGUUUCAGAGUUAGAACCGGAGCCCGAAAGUAACCUAGCACAAACCCCUUACAACAAACCGGUGCCACAAGCAACCGAAUCUAGAGAAAUGGUAGUAACCGCCGAAACACCAUCGGUCGAACCAACCGAGUCCGGCUCAAACGUUCAAGAAUCCUCUCAACUGAUAGCCGUUCCAGCUGAAAAUUUUGGUGGCCCUGCCAAUCUUUUCUAUCUGUGCUCGGUGCGAGAGGAAGGAUUUGUUCCUGUGAACAACGAACUGCUUUACCUAGAUUCAUCUAAUCAAUUGGUUGCUCUUCCGGAGAAUGCUUCGGUGGAGGACAUAGUCAGUCAGGCCGAAGUGCUCGAGAUUCCUGCCGGAAGUGAACAGGCUGCGAUAGCCGCGGCUGCUGUUGCCGAUCUAGAAGGAGCGGUCGAAGGUCAGCAGAACAUACUGCUCAACACCCAGGACGGACAGCAGAUUAUCCUAGAUCAGCAAAGUCUGAUGGCGCUGGCAGCCGGAGGUGACACGUCACAGCUUCUAACGCCCGACGGACAGCAGAUUCUUCUUCAAGGUUCUGCCCAAGAGCUGCUGGCAGCACUUGCGGUUAGUCAAUCCGGUCUUGGAAUUGUAGCUGCCGAGGGUACCCAGAUAAUUGUUGCACCAGAUUCGUUGAUCGAUCUGCAAGAUGCACCACUUCCCGGGGAAAUAAUCCAAGUGAACCCGAACACAACUGUGGAAACGAAUGCUGUACUGACGAAGCCACCGAUCAUGUCUACGGUGGAGGUUCCUACCAAAAAUGGCAACGGUAUAGAAACUUCCGCCCAUUCGCCGGAGCAGAAAGUGCUAGACACUGCUGCGACGAACCUCGAUGAAAGUCUAGCCGCCGUUAUUGGUGUGUCUACCAAUUCACAUGUGCCCACAUCUCUGGAACUGCCAAUUACUGUCACAAAUCCGGUUAUUGCCAAAACGACGACCAGCAAAAUCAAUCCGAUCUACCCCUCAACGACGGCAAUUUCAACGAUCGGUUUAGAUCCGGCAGCAGUGGCAGCAACGGUAAUCGAGCUACCAACGGUAGUACAAGCAGGUAUUGAUAGUGCACACGUUGAAACAUUCGAGACUAGUUCUAGUAACGACACAAAGUGUGAAACAGAUCAGCAUACAAUCGGUUCUGCUGAGGAGUCAAAACAUAUUUCUGAGACUAACGGUAAAAGUACUGACGAUGAUGACGAGAACAGUAAGGCCGAACAUGAGAACGAUCUAGAUGAAAUUAUUCCUAACACUCCAGAAUCACAAAUGAAUAGUCACGCCGAAAUAGCGUCUCAGUUUAGUGAUGAUGAAUCAGAGGCACCGGUCCCAAUCCCAAACGUCGAUGAAGACGAUGACGAGGUUGCCUCGAACUGUAGUGAAAUCAUUCCCAUACAACCGAACAUAGUAGUCUUGCGAAACAUGAACAAUGAACUUAUCAGUAAUAACGAUAACAGUAGUGACAUGGAGAUAGAGCACACUAACCCGGGAAACGAGGAAAAUAAUCCGGGUCUUCCUUCAACGCCGGAGGCUCGCGUAUUCGACGGCGCCAACAAUAGUGCAGUAGUUGAAAGAUAAUAUCUAGCGAGCGGAAGUGGACCGUUUCUAGAUUUCACCUCAGUGGCACAGGCUGAGCUGGUAGGUGGUACUUACAGUGCGAUAUCGGCAGCAGAGCUGCACCUUUUGCCAAUUCCAUCCGGCAACGCUGCUUCGACUCGGCAACACCGACCAAAGCCAACCCCACCAGCUGCUAGCUCGGCCAGCAGUGCUGCUGCGGUGCGUUCAUUCUCAUCCUCAUCAUCCAUUUUGUUGACCGACCGCAGUACUACCAACGCUAGCGACUCCAACAGCCUCACCAGUAACAUCAGCAACACUAUUUUCUCGUCAUCCGAGCAUCUGUUCUUCUAAAUCUGCGUCAUUGCGAGAACUAGACAAACGUCUCUCCAUAUAGACCCACUGACAUCAAUCAAAUCGAUAUGGGAUUAAAAACCAGGUCCGUAGUAGAUGGGACCGCAAGAUGCGUAUUUCGACACUGGCAUCCGGGAUGCCACAACACAACGCAGCUUUCUACUGAGUGAAAGCAACAAUGACGUCUCCUAUCCGCACAAUAACCGCGCGUACCUCUUACGACGUGGAUUGUGUGAAGAUAGUUUGUAAAUAUUCACUGGCAUACACUAUUAUUAUGAAAAACUAGUUUUGUUAGGAAUGAUAUUAUCAUGAAAUGGUUAUAUAUUCUGUUGAUGCAACAAUCCUCCCUUUCCUUCAAAAGCAUUACUUGUGAAUGUGUGUUCUAAAUCAUUCAGUUAAUUCUCUCUCUAUCUUUUUCCCGGAGUGUUUUUUUAGUAUCUGCUUGAGAUUGUAUCAUAAUAAUACCUUAUCCAGUAUAGAAAUUUUAAUGAACCCAUUGUACGAUUGAACAUUUACGAUGUUUUAUGGAUGAAAAUAAAAUCACAGAAAAUGUCGCAAUGCAAAGUAUUGUAUAACUGCUAAACUACUAAGCCGUACAACAACAGUGAUGAAUUUUUGAAACAAUUUGCGACUUUGUUUUACCAGUUGUUGAAUUAAAAAAUUCACAAAACAGAACUUAGAUCUUAAGCCAAUUGUAAAAUAAGUUUCUAUAUAGACCGUUGUGCAAGUGGAGAGAGAUUGUAAAUCUCUUAGUAUGUAAUUUGUGUAGUUCUCAUCAUGUACUCUCAAGCAGAAGAAUGUUGUUUUCAGUAGAACGCUUUGCUCUAAGAAACAAAAAAUGGCUUUCAUGCGAAUAUAAUGCUAUACAAUAAAUAACUACUUUCACGAUCGUACAGGCAGAACUUACACGAGAAAAAUUCAUGAACAUAAAUAUACUUGGUUCGUCGAGCUCGUAACGAGUCUCAUCGGACGGAUAGCAUCCGAAAUUAUGUGUAAGAAAAAUCGUUAGACACAUUGGUUUAGUAGAAAGAAAAAAGUGUUUAAUAAGGAAAGCUUUUGGAAUGCCAGCUAAAAAACAGGUAUGGACUGAUGUCUCUGAUCGCGUCUACUAUCGUAAUAAUAAAUACACACUUACUAUUACUGAUACGUAUUUAUAAGUAACUAUAAUAGUGAUUGAAAAGUAAUAAAUGUUUAGCAAA